AUUUUAAACGUCUCCUCAACCUUAUCUUUCUCUCACCUUUCUCACUCCCGUCUCUCUCGUCUCUCUCUCUCUCCCUGGAUCCCGCCCGCCACUGGCCGCCCCCACUCGCCCGCCACCGCCACCCCGGCCCCGACCCCAUCCACCACGGCUGCCCCCGCCCCCGGCCGCCACUCCCGCCGGCGCGGCCGCCCAAGCCCACACCCGCCAUGGGAGUCGGGAGCUCAGAUCGGGAGGGACGGGGUAGGUAGGGUUCACGAGCGAGCGAGGGUGCUGCCGUCGGGCGCCGGUGUCCAAGUAGCAAGAGGAGAGAUGGACGCGUUCCUACAGAGACUCAAGCGGUUGGACGCGUACCCCAAGGUGAACGAGGACUUCUACAAGUGGACGCUCUUUGGCGGCAUCGUCACGCUCGUCGCCGCCGUCGUCAUGUUGCUUCUCUUCAUCUCCGAGACCAGGUCAUAUUUUUAUUCAGCAACAGAGACUAAGUUAGUUGUGGACACAUCAAGAAGAGAAAGGCUACGAGUAAAUGUUAGUACUUUUUAAACGAAAUAAACUGUCUGUAGGCUAUUGGCUGAUCUUGGUGUUUCUUGGGGAAAAGAGUACGAGCACUCUCAAUAAUGUAACUCAGCAAAUGUCAUUUGUACAUAUAUAUUAGACACCUCCAGCUACCUUGCCAACGCAAGAACGAGAAGACGAGUUAGACUUUGUCAAAACCCUCUUCACUAGUGGAGGUAUCGACCAUCACUCGUCACUGUAACCCGAUGGUGAUCGGCAACCAUGAGCUUCCAUGUUAUUGUGUUCUGAUACUUGAGACGUUUAUUAUGAUUAUGUAUGAGAUAUUGUCUCUUAUUAGUACUGGAUGAUGAGAUGUGUCUUAUUAUGACUA